CAACCUCGCGCGCGACGACAACCUCCGCCAGCAACAUCAUCUGCACACUCUCCACACCCACCGCUGCACGACCCGUCGUCGCAUUCUCUCUCUGUUCCUGCGCCGUUCAGCCGCCAAAAUGGGCAAGCUUGUCCGCCUGGAGCUCUACAACUUCAAAACAUACCGCGGCAAACAUGUCCUUCCCUUCGGCGAUUCGUAUUUCACCUCCAUCAUCGGCCCCAAUGGCUCCGGUAAAUCCAACAGUAUGGAUGCCAUCUCUUUUGUCCUAGGGAUCAAGUCUGCAUCUUUACGUUCGCGAGAACUGCGCGAGCUCGUCUAUCGCGGGCGCAUCAUUCAGACAAGCAAGACCGCCGUCGACGACGCAAAUGCUGCCGCCGCGCCCGAAACCCAAGACGGUGACGCUCCCGAGACACAGGAGGACGAUUCGCAAAGGGCAGAUCCCAAGACAGCCUGGGUGGAGGCUGUUUUUGAGGACGAUGCCGAUCAGAUUCACCGCUGGCGCCGCACAAUCACUACCGCUGGUCAGAGCGAAUACCGCAUCAAUGGACGUGUCGUUACCGCAAAAGCUUACAACGAAGCACUUGAAGAGCAUAGCAUAUUGGUCAAGGCACGCGCGUUUCUUAUUCCCCAGGGAGAAGUGGAAGAGGUCGCCAAAAAGCCACCCAAGGAAAUCACCUACAUGAUUGAGCAAAUAUCUGGGAGUUUGGAGCAUAAAGCAAGCUACGAAAAACUCAAAACCGAAGCCGACGACGCUGCAGAAAACAAUUCCCAGUUUCUGCACCAGCGACGGCAGAUCAACGCUGAAAUCAAAACCUACACCGAGCUAGAGGCAGAGGCCAAAGCUUUCGAGCGCAAAGUUGCCGAGCGGGAUGAAGCAAACGUGACGCACAUCAUGUGGAAGCUUUACCACCACCAACAGCUUAUCCAGAAAGCACGCGAAAAGAUUUCAAGCCAUCAGGAAGAGCUGAAGGAGCACAAGCGCGGAGUGGAAAAGUAUCAGCAAAGGGUCAAUGAAGCAACCCAAGCCGAAGCCAAGGCCAAGCGUGAAAUCUCCAAAACCAACAACAACAUCAGCGCAAAGGCCAAAGAAGUGGAAGAUGCGCAAAAUAAACUCGUCCCGGUGGAGGAAAAGAUUCGAAUCACAGAGCUGGAAGUGACCAAGCUGGACGAGAGGAUUGUUGCUUUGGAAAAGGAACGCGAUUCGCAAGCUGCUGAGCUCGCUAGCUACGAUAAGAAGCUCGCCCAAAUCAAGACCGCCGAGGACAAAUGGGAAGCCGAGCGCUCCGCUGCUGCCCAACAGCAGGGUCGCGAACUAACCGCCCAAGACGAGCAGGAAUACAACCGACUGCGCAGCGAUGUCUCCAAGCAAACACACGCUAAUCAGGUGGAAAUCGACAAAUUGAGACGUGAAGUGGGAACGGAGAAAGAACACGCCCGCAACCUCCAGCAGAAGGUUGAAGGAUAUCAGAGUGCUGUGGACAGACUGACCGAUGACGUUUCUCAGCUUCAAGAGCGCCUCAAGGACCGCAGAACUGCAUUGAAGGACUUGCAAAAAGAACGAGCGGGUAAAAAACAGGACUUGAACAAGCUUCAGUCGGAUCAACAGCACACACUAUCCCAAUACACUGAGUGGAACCAGAACCUUCGGGAAAUUCUCAAGAAACUUCAAAAUGCCGAAUCCGGCCGUCGCGAGACUAGGAGGGACCAGCAAACCCGCGAGGUUGUCUUGAAGAUGAAGCGUGCUUUUGGUAAUGGUGUCCGUGGACGCCUCAAAGACUUGAUCAAGCCCAAGCAGAAAAAGUACGAUACGGCUGUUGGCACACUUAUUGGACGAAACAUGGACGCCGUGAUGGUGGACACGGACCAGAUUGCCAGAGACUGCAUUCAGUUUCUCAAGGAGGAAAAACUGUUCCAGAUGACCAUCAUUCCUCUCGAUUCCGUCACGAUUUCUGCUAUCAAUCAGAACCUCAAGGGUAUGCAUGAAGGUAUGCGUCUUGGUAUUGACUGCAUUGACUACCCGCCUCACCUCGAACGCGCCAUUUCGUCUAUAUGCGGCGAUGCGAUCGUCUGCGACAAUUUGUCAAUCGCUCGUCACCUUCGAUUCGAAAAGAAGCCACCCGUACAAUCCAAGGCGGUCACACUUGACGGAAGCGUCAUUUCGAGGAGCAGCAAUAUGACAGGUGGUACGAUGCAGGGCUCUAACAACCAACAGCAACAGUGGGGUGAUCAGGAUAUCGAGACUCUUCAGCAAAAGGCUGAGAGCAUCAGGGCACAGCUCAGUACCCUCCCGAAUUUGGACGCCAGGCGCCGGGAAGAAGAUCAAUUGACAAUCGACCUGAAUGCUCUGGACGAUCGGAUUCGUCAGUUCCAGAGUGAGAUUGAUACAUUGGAUCGCAAUGUUAAGGACCGAACCAAAGAGCUCAAAUACGAUUCCAAUCUCUUGAGACAGGAGAAGCCCAAAUACGAUGAAGCCGAACAGCGAUUGCGUAACAAGGAAGACGACCUGAAGGGUACCGAAGAUAGAGUGAAUCAAGUCGCUGAUCAAGUGUUUGCUAGCUUCUGUCAACGGCUAGGAUAUACCUCUAUCCGCGACUAUGAAGCACAGCAGGGAACCGCUCAACAAGAAGCUGCCGAGAAGCGACUCGUCUUCAGAAAGCAGCGUAGCACUUUGGAGAACAUGCGAUCCAAUGUUCAACAACGUCUCAACGCCGUAUUGGAGCGCAUCAAGAGCGCAGAAGAGAAGCGAGACCGCAAUCACAUCUCUCUCGAAGGCCAUCACACUGAGCAAGAGGAACUGCAGAACUCUAUUGAUCAUUUCAAGGCAGAGUUAGAGGAGUUACAGGAGCGUUUGACUGGGCUCGAACAGAAGAAGAACGAGCGCACGGCGGUGGUCAAAGAAGCACGACGCAAACUCGAUUCACGAAAUGACAAAGUUCGGGGCGUUAUGAAAGACGUUGAGGACCAAGAGCAGAUAAUCAAGAGCAGAGCAGCCGAGCGGUACAAUCUGCUCAAGAAAUGCCGUCUUGAUGAGAUCAAGAUACCUUUGACAACGGAUUCUGAGCCCUUGACUUCAUUGCCCAUGACGGAUACUGCUCGCCAGGAUCCAGAUGAAAUGGACGUGGAUCAGCCUGACAACACACAAAUCGAACAGCCAGCAUUCGACGAUUAUGGCAUUGAGCCUGACUUCGAAGAGCUGGAUGAAGAACUCAGAAUCGAGCUUGACGAGAUCCUUGAAGAGGAGGAAUCCGAAGACGACCAGGUUCAGACACGCGCCGCAACCCGUCUCAAGGACGCCGAAGGCAAACUAACCGACGCCAUCGCCUCUCUGGACGCCGAGAUCAGCAAAGCCAACCCCAACAUGAAAGCUGCGGAACGGCUCGUGACCGCCAAAGAAAAACUCGACCAAAUCGAAACAGACUUCACCACGGCCCGCAAGAAAGCUCUUGAAGCGAAAGCGCGCUUUGAAGAAGUCAAAGACCGCCGCUUCGAGCUCUUCAUGAAAGCCUACGACCACAUCCACGACAACAUCCUCCAAGUCUACCAAAAACUCACAGAAUCGGAACAAUUCCCACUCGGUGGAACCGCGUACCUCGAUCUCGAAGACAGCACCGAACCCUACCUCGCUGGUGUAAAAUACCACGCCAUGCCCCCACUCAAACGUUUCCGCGAUAUGGAACACCUCUCCGGAGGCGAGCGCACCAUUGCCGCUCUCGCGCUCAUCUUCGCGAUCCACUCGUAUCAACCAUCCCCCUUCUUCGUCCUCGACGAGGUCGAUGCCGCGCUCGACAAUGUCAAUGUUGGGCGUGUGGCGAAGUAUAUCACAAAGAAUGCGGGACCGGGCACACAGUUUAUUGUCAUUACGCAUAAGGCGGGGUUGUUCCAGGAGAGCGAGACAUUAGUAGGCAUUAUGCGGGAUCAGAGCAAGAUGAGCAGUAAAGCUAUUAGUUUAGAUUUGCGGAAGUACCAGUAA